CCCUUUUGCCGAAUUCUGGGAAAUGUAGUCCAGAAGCUGUGUGCAGUUACGGCCCUUCCGCUGCAGGAGUGGGAGGUUCCUGCCAUGUUUUUCCGCGUGUGGGUAGUGCUCCUGCGUCUUGAGACCAUUCCAAACUUUCUGGACCUGCUUUUGGGACCUGCAACGACCAGAACUUAGAUUUAGUUGAAAGAAGUCGCGGCGCAAAUACAGUUUGGCGUUCCCAAGACUCUGCGAAUCUCAGGACUCUGUACAUCGCCAGAAGUAGGAAGAAAAAUGAGCACGUUCCAGGAAUCAGUGACAUUCAAGGACGUGGCUGUGGUCUUCACUGAGGAGGAGCUUGGGCUGCUGAACUCUGCCCAGAAGAAGCUGUACCAAGAUGUGAUGGUUGAGAACUUCAGGAACCUGGUGUCAGUGGGAGGCAAGAACCCAAGGCAGAUGGAGAUUGUUCCACCAGCAGGAGCACACGAGGAGCUUUCCAGCUCACGUAUCUGGCAACAAAUUGCAAGUGACUUAACCAGGUGUCAAGAUUCUGUGGUACAUAGGUCUCAAUUCUACAAACAAAGUGAUUCACCCUCUCCUGUUGCUGGAAGACUAUCUAUUAUUCACGCAGGAGAGAACAUCUUCCAGUGUAAAGAGUGUACAAAAACCUUUAGUAAUGUCUCCAGCUUUGAACUUCAGCAAUUACACUCAGAAGUGAAGUCUCUCACCUGUAGUGAGUGUGGAAAAAGCUUCUGUUAUGUUUCAGGUUGUCGUAAUCAUCAGAGAAUUCACGUGGGAAAGAACUGCUAUCAGCGUGAUGAGUGUGGUAAGGUAUUUAGUCAGCACUCACAUCUACAAAGUCAUCUGAAUACCCCCACUGUAUCGAAACUGUACAAAUGUGAAGAAUGUAGGAAACGCUUCAGACAUAGAACGACGUUUAAUGUUCAUUGCAAAGGUCACACUGAAGGGAAACCUUAUAAUUGUGAGGUAUGUGGGAGGGGUUUUAUUAAUCUUUUGCAUUUUCAGGAACAUCAGAGAAGCCACUCUAGGGAGAAAACAUUCAAAUGUGAUACACGUGGUAAGAAAUUUCAUCAUAGAGCAGCACUUAAUACUCAUUACAUGGUCCAUAUGGGAGAGAAACCUUACAAAUGUGAGGAGUGUGGGAAAAGCUUCGCUCGCAACUCUUAUCUUUAUAUCCAUCAGAGGGUUCACACAGGAGAAAAAUCUAGUAAGUGUGAGGAAUGUGGCAAGAGCUUCAUUCAUCCUCUGCAAUUUCAGGCCCAUCUGAGUGUUCACACUGGGGAGAAACCAUACAAAUGUAACAUGUGUGGAAAAAGCUUCAUUUACAGCUCAAAUUUGCAUUCCCAUCAGGGGGUCCACACUGGAGAGAAACCAUACGAAUGUGGUGUGUGUGGGAGGGUUUUCAGUCAGAGUUCAUAUCUUAAAAUCCAUCAGAAGAUCCAUAAUGUAGAGAAACCUUAUAAGUGUGAGGAGUGUGGGCAGUGUUUCAAUUGGAGUUCACGACUUCAAGUUCACCAGCUGAUCCACACUGGUGAGAAACCAUACAAAUGUGAAGAGUGUGGAAAGGGCUUUAGGCAGGCUGGAAAUCUUUUGACCCAUCAGAGAGUCCACAGUGGAUGGAAACCAUUCAAAUGUGUAGAGUGUGGGAAGUACUUCAGUAGUAGAUCAAAUCUUCACACUCAUCGUAGAAUCCACACAGGAGAGAAACCUUAUAAAUGUGAGGGGUGUGGGAAGGGCUUUAGGCAGGCCUCUUAUCUUCAGGACCAUCAGAGAGUCCACAGUGGAGAAAAACCAUUCAAAUGUGAAGAGUGUGGGAAGAGCUUCAAAUGGAUUGAGAAUCUUAACACUCACCAUAGGGUGCACACAGGAGAGAAACCAUAUAAGUGUGAGGAGUGUGGUAAGUACUUCACUCACGCCUCAAGUCUUCAACAUCAUGAGCGUGUCCACACUGGAGAGAAACCAUAUAAAUGCGAUGUGUGUGGUAAAGUCUUCAGUCGAUCUUCCCAGCUACAAACUCACCAGAGAGUUCACACAGGGGAGAAACCCUAUAAAUGUGAGGAGUGUGGGAAGGGCUUCAGGCAGGCUUCACACCUUUUGCUUCAUCAAAGGGUCCACAGUGGAGAAAAACCCUACAAAUGUGAAGAUUGUGGGAAAAGCUUCUGUCAGAAUUCACACCUUCAAGCCCAUCAAAGAGUCCAUAAUGAAGAAAAGCCAUACAAAUGUCAAGAGUGUGGCAAGGGCUUCAAAUGGAGCAAAAAUCUUAAUACGCAUCAGAGGGUUCACACAGGAGAGAAACCAUAUAAGUGUGGGAAGUGUGGUAAGUACUUCAGUCAGGCCUCAAGUCUUCAACAGCAUGAACGUGUCCACACUGGAGAUAUACUGUACACAUGUAAUGUAUGUGGUAAAGUCUUUAAUCGAUCUUCACAACUACAAAGUCACCAGAGAGUUCACACUGGGGAGAAACUUUAGUAGUGUGAGGUUUGUGAUAAGGUUUUCAGUCAGAGAUCAAAUCUUACAGAAUUCAUGCUACUGAUAAAUUUUCUGAAGUUGGUGAUACAGGUAAGACCAUCAGAAUCCUCACAGGAAACAAUUUUGCAAAAUGAAUGUUUAAAAAAUUAUGUGCAACCAAUAGAAGCCCUGGUGCGCAGUGUUUAAAGCACUUGGCUCCUAACCCCAAGGUUGGCAGUUAGAACCCGUCAGUGCUCCAUAGGAGAAAGAGGUGGCAUUCUGCUUCCGUAAAGUUUUACAGCCUUGGAGACCCUCUGGGGCAGUUCUACCCGGUCCUACGGGAUUGCUAUGAGUCAGAAUUGACAGCAGUGGGUUUAAUGGGUUUUAUGUGCAGCCUAAAUUCUUACAGUCAUCAGGUCUCAUAGAGGAGAAAACAUUUGUUUUAUUAAAGACUGACACUCAGCAAAGCCCACAUCAGAGAACCUUUAUAAGCGGUGAAGUAAGGCUUCAGUCAGAACUUUGGAAUUUAUGAGAUAACACUCAAGAAAUAGGGCCUGGGAAGAAUAAGAGUUUGAUCUGGUCUUUAGCAAAAGUAUAAUGAUGGGUAUACCAAAAUCAAUAUCCGCUAGAAUGUAAGCUCUGUGGUAGUAGGAACCUUGUUGGUUAGUUUUUAUAUGUAUGCUUAAUGCUUAUAUUUUAAAUCAAAAAGAGACAAUGUACGAUAUUUGAAAAUUUAACCAGAAAGCAUACCAGUAAAAAUGAAUACUCAAGAAAACAAACAUGAGUUUAAAUGUGGAAAACCACUCAAUACUAUAAUCUGCAAUAUUGAUAGAGUAGCUAUGGAUUCCAAAGAAGGCCUAGUUGCACAAUGGUUAAGCACUCUACUGCUAAAGGUUGGCAGUUUGAAUUCACCAUUGGCUCCAUGAGAGAAAAGCCCUGCCAAUCUGCUCCCUUAAAGACCAUAGCCUAAGAAACGCAAUGGGGCAGUUCUACUCUGUCCUGUAGGGUCGUUAUGAGUCUGAAUUGUCUCACCAGCACACAACAACAACGUAUUGCGAUUGGCUCCUGUUCUCUCCGUAGUCUCUAUUUUCAAGUUGGAUCUUAUUGUUUGGGUCUUUGUGUCCUGUUCAAUCAGUCAUAUAUAAUAUAAAUUGAACUACUGUGAUUUUACUGGCAGUAGUCUGAAAAAUUGUUAACCUUGCAACAAGUCACUCCCUAUUAAACAAUUGAAUGGGUAUUCAAUGAUGUUAAGGCAGAUAUUUUCCAUAACACUUUGAGAGUGUAAGUAGUGGUUACUUGUAAAAAUGGCAUGUUGUCAGACCUGUUCUAACUUCAGGAGGAGAGAUAAUCAUCAUCAGCCCAAGAAUGAUUCAUAUGAGGCGGAGGUCAGACAUACUUCCAUUCUCCAACGUUUUUACCUAUUCUGACACCAGCUCUCCCUUGCAUGGCACACACUGCUGCCUAGCUGGGGUCUAUAAUUCAUUGCAGUGGCCACACAGAACUCACCAUACUCAUGAGUAUGGGGUUUAUUACAGAUCAAUUGGUUACAAUCCAGGAUCAGGAUAAACUUGGAAGUAACAAGAACAACUCAGGAUACUGUUCUUUUGUCAGUACAGCUGCUUCUUGGCUAUUGCGACUGGGCAGCUGCUCUCAGUCUGACCUCUGCCGUGCUUGGCAAGUGUCACAAAGCACUUUGGCUCUGCCAACAGGUGCCCAGAGGCACCCACUCCACCAUCAAGCCCUUUUCCUGAAUGUACUCAACUGUCUUGCUCUGUGGGCUGGGAAGCCAACUGGACGUCUCACGCCAAUGUCCUGUUUCUGCCGUUUCUCUGCUGCCGGACUCAACUAUGCUUGCUGCUUCUUGCCAUCUUGCACCAUCUCCAAUGUUACAGCUCUCUGUCUCCAGGGUCUCGGGAGGUUCUCAGUGCAGGGAUCCUGGUGCAAAGGACGAACUCCACUCUUGGCUCCUCAUCUGGAUGGUAGUGAUGUCCCCCUUCCCCAGCCUCAACAAUUGGCUCCCUUUAGGCCUAUCAGAAUGGCAAAACUGACCAAUCCCUUCUGAGGGUUUUGUGCUCUGUUUGCAUUGUCCCACCACCACAAAGUUCCAUGUUCUUUGCAUUAGCAAAACUAUCCAGUCCCCUUGGGGUCACAAGUGCCUUAUUUGCACAGUCCCAACCAGUCAUUUUGUGGGUGUUACAAGGCUGUGGUUAGAAGGCCAUACAAAGUAAUUGCCUGCACCACAAAUUACCAAUGACAUUUUUUUUUUUUUUGGUCAACCUUUUAAAUCCUUAUUGAUACCUUAUUUUCUGCAGUUCAUCUAGAUCUGAUGAUUGUCUUCGCAAUGCUGUAGCAGUAUUUUUUUUUAACCAAAACUUCUGAGGUAGGGGUUAUGCCAUAUUUGAAGCACAUUAAUACUGUCAAGUUCUCUACCCCAUAUUCUUCCCCCACACCAUGAAAGAAAUACCAAAAACAAACUUGUGAGAGUUUGAUAAUUGUAUUAAAUGUGUUCAUUACAUAUAAUGGGCUCUUUGAUCUGAAAAUCAUGAUAAUUAUAAAAAAAAAUGAGUAACAGCAAUAUUUUCUUCAAUGAAAAUAGGUGUUCAUCUACAGGAGUUUGAGUUUUGUUAUACUUCUAUAGCAUGAAGCUGUUAAAACCACGGCAUAGACAUAAUUACAUGAUAAGAACAUUGGUUUUGGAAAAUCAGAUUGUAGCAGUCAUAGUAGAAACAAACUCAUAAAUGUGUGUGUGUGUGCAUGCAUGAGGUAAUUUUAAAGGGGAUACUCACCCUUAGCUAUUUUCUCUGGAAAGGAGUUUUUGUGUGUUAUUUCCGUUUUAUAAUUCCAUAAAGUAUGUUUUAAAUUUUCAGUGAAUGUCAGUAUUCCCAAAAGAGUACAUCAUGUACAAUAGAAUUUGAAAUCCCUUAUAGUUAGGACUCAUAAUACGCUUGUUCUCUGUUAUCAUACGACAUAAAAUCACAGUGAACAGGAUUGCAAAUCAAUUUUUAAAAAGCAAAAAUUUCCUGGUUGUUAACAAGAAGAAGGAAAUCCUGGAGAGAAUAGCAAAGUGAGUGUACAUUUAUGUUGAGAUUUAAAAAAAAAAAAAAA